AUGAAUGGAAUUGAUGUAUUCAAAAUUUUUGAUGGUCAAUUAAAUCAACGUUUUACUACAAUCAUUACUCAAUGUCAACGAUUUCGUUUUGAUUUUACUUCAUGUCGAAAAGAUGAUUUUUAUUUGUGCAUGAAUGUUUUUCCUGCAUAUAUUGAUCGAAUAGAAGAAUUAACUUUAUCGGAAGAAAAUGCACCUGAUCAACUUUAUCUUUAUGUUAACUAUCAACUCGUUGAUUGGAGAAUUCUUGAAAAUGCGCUGAGUUCAUUGUCCGAUACGACGACUGUUAACACUCUAUCCAUCAAAACAAUGAACAUUAUGAAUGAUCCAUCAUUGAAACAAAUUUUUCUCAAGCUUUUUCAAUUGAAAUCGCUUAAAAGAUUUUCUCUUAUGAGUACUAUCGAUUUAAUGAACUCGCAUUCUUAUAUCUAUACCACAUCGAAUAUUGAACAUUUAAAUAUUUUUGUUACGUAUUUUGACUUUGAUGAUCUUCAACAUAUUAUGCAAUGUGAGUCGCAUCUUAAAUAUCUUAAUAUUCAAAUUAUUUCAAAAAGAUCUCUUAGUAUCUUUCCGAGAAGAAUAAAUCGUUCAAAAAAUAAUAUUGUCAUUAUGUCUGCACUUCGUACUCUACUCUUAUCUUUCAAAGAAGAUUGUUCAGUAUCGAUCGAUAUGUUGGCUGAAUAUUUGAAAUGUAUGCCUGUUUUAAAUCGUCUUGAAAUUAAAGCGUACAACAAACUUAUGAAUGCAGACGCCUGGCAGAUGUUGUUUGAAACAUCAUUACCAUUACUAACUCAUUUUAGUCUUCAAACUACUAGAACUCGUUUAAACGAAAAUAAUCCUGGCAAUGUACUUAUUUCAUUUCAAAGUCCAUAUUGGAUAGCGAAAGAAAACUUUAAUAUAAUGAUCACCGAACAUACUAGAGAUGAUGUCAGAUAUUAUAAUCAAUGGGAAUUUGAUCAACCUAUUGUUCAAUGUUGGAUGGCACCCUACCACAUUAUUAAUAAUGAUCUUAUAACAAUAAAUGUAUUGUAUGGUUUCCUUAUUAUUUCGAUCAUGUGA